UCUUCUAAUGGAUGAAGUUGAAGUUCCUCCAUUUUUCCUCUGCCCCAUUUCUCUAGACAUCAUGAAGGACCCAGUCACAGUCUCAACGGGGAUAACAUAUGAUCGUGAAAGCAUCGAGAAAUGGAUACUUUCUGAGAAAAAUAGUGCGUGCCCAGUCACUAAACAAGUCAUCUCCGAUUCCGAUUUGACGCCGAACAUCACUCUCCGGCGACUGAUCCAAUCAUGGUGCAGCAUAAACGCCUCCUAUGGCAUUGAAAGAUUCCCAACACCAUAG